AUGACCACUGUUCUUAUCAAUCACGCCUGGACGAGAGUAUCAGACGGUCCCUGCGGUAACUGGACACAUCAGGGCAACAAUCGUAAAGUUGAAGGUCCCAUACACAGUGGAAAUGGUAAUGGUUUCAACGCUGGUGAUCGGCAAGGUGACCAUGGACGUGACGGAUAUGUCGGCGCCCGGUAA